ACGGAAACGGCUUCGGUCCCAUUCGUUGCUGCAGCUACGAUAAAAUACUCAAGCAAGGUGGCAAAAGUCGGUACCGAAGUGUAUUAUAUAUCGGUUAAAAAUAAGAAUGGCCCUUGAAUCCCGCAUCACACAAGAAGAAAUCAAGAAGGAACCAGAGAAGCCCAUCGACCGAGAAAAGACCUGUCCCCUUCUGCUGAGAGUAUUCACCACCAACAGUGGCCGUCAUCAUCGAGCAGAUGAAUUCGCCCGUGGCAACGUCCCCUCCAGCGAACUGCAGAUAUACACAUGGAUGGAUGCUACUCUGAAGGAACUCACCAGCCUGGUGAAGGAAGUGCAUCCAGAGGCCAGAAAAAAGGGGACCAACUUUAGCUUUGCCAUCGUCUACCCUGAUCCUAGAGGGAAAGUGUACAGGUUGAAAGAUAUUGGCAGCACUGUGUCCGGCAGAAAGGGUCCAGAUGACUCCAUGACGUUGCAGUCCCAGCGCUUCCAAAUUGGAGACUAUCUGGACAUAGCGAUCACACCACCAAACAGAGCCCUGCCCCUUAACACACGCAUGAGGCCCUUCUAAUUCUAAACAUGAAACAUAAAUCAACACACAUCAAACUGUUCUUUGUUUGUUUGUUUUUUCCAUUGCCUCAUCCUGGAUGGUUUUUGCCUCAUUUUUUAAAAUGUGAAGUGUAAUAAAGUUGUGAUUUUUUUCCAA